AGCAAGACUCAGCGACCGUGGGCAGAGAAUUAAACCAACUUGCACCGUUAAAUAAAAGGAAAACGACAUUUCGAAUUCCUUCUCUCUUUUAACCGCGUCCGCUUCCCUUUCUCGGAUUUUCCUGCCUCAGCUAAGAUUUUUCCAUCGCUUUCCUCUCAUUUUCUCUCCAUCCAAACAAAGAGAUAAGAAAAAGAAAAAGAAAAUGCCGAUUUCCGUUCCCAACCUCUUCAAAGAACGGAAAUAUCCUUUCCUUUUCGCUCUUUCUAUCUUCCUCAUUUCCUUCGCAAUCCUCUUCUUAACCAACUCCUUCUCCCCUUUCCUUUCCCUCCCUCUCUCCUCCGAUCUCCACGUCUCCCAAUCUCAACCUCCUACUCCUCCUCCGCCGCCGCCUUCUUUACGAUCACGAUCUCCCAACGCAACCGUUCGGUUCCCGCCAGAAUCGCGGUCCAGAAACGUCGUGGCAUCUGAGGUGGACUUGAGUGUGAGCUUAAACGUGCAAUGGGGGAACUGCAAACUAGGGGCGGCGGCGGUGGAUUACAUACCGUGUUUGGAUAACUGGAAAGCGAUAAAAGAACUGAAAUCGAGGAAGCAUAUGGAGCACAGGGAAAGACAUUGCCCUAGUCCGAGUCCGAGAUGUUUGGUGCCCUUGCCGAGUGGUUAUAAGGCUCCGGUUCAAUGGCCUAAGAGCAGGGACAUGAUUUGGUAUGACAAUGUUCCUCAUCCUAAGCUUGUGGAAUACAAGAAGGAACAGAAUUGGGUGCGUAAAUCUGGUGAUUAUUUCGUUUUCCCUGGAGGUGGUACACAAUUUAAGAAUGGGGUUACUAGCUAUAUUGAUUUCAUAAAAAAGACGUUACCAGCUAUUCAAUGGGGGAAGCACAUUAGGGUCAUUUUGGAUGUUGGCUGUGGUGUUGCCAGCUUUGGUGGUUUUUUGCUGGACAAAGGUGUAAUUACCAUGUCAUUUGCCCCAAAGGAUGAACACGAAGCUCAGAUACAGUUUGCUCUAGAGCGGGGAAUUCCUGCUAUACUUUCUGUCAUUGGUACACAAAAGCUGACAUUUCCAGACAAUGCAUAUGAUUUGAUACAUUGUGCACGAUGCAGAGUUCAUUGGGAUGGGGAUGGUGGGAAACCAUUAUUGGAGCUGAACAGGAUUCUUAGGCCAGGAGGAUACUUUAUAUGGUCUGCUACACCAGUUUAUCGAGACGAUGAGAGAGAUCGUAAUGUUUGGAAGUCUAUGGUGGCUUUGACGACGUCCAUGUGCUGGAAAGUUGUGGCUAAAACUGUUGAUUCAACUGGAAUUGGGCUUGUAAUAUAUCAAAAGCCUGCCUCGUAUUCCUGUUACGAGCAACGCAAAGAAAAAAGUCCGCCCUUGUGUGAUCAGAAAAAUAACCAGAACAUCUCAUGGUAUGAGCCUCUUAGCUAUUGUCUUUCCAGACUUCCAGCUGAUAACAUGGAUAACUUGCUCAGCUGGCCCAAACCAUGGCCCCGAAGGCUUAGCAGUAAGCCUCCAAGCCUUCCAUCUGAACCAGAUGCUAAAGAUAUUUUCAAUGAGGAUUCGAAACAUUGGGCAACACUUGUGUCAGAUGUGUAUCUCGAUGGUCUGGCUAUAAACUGGGCAAGCAUUAGAAACGUGAUGGAUAUGAAUGCUGGUUAUGGAGGAUUUGCUGCAGCACUUAUUGAGCAACCACUCUGGGUGAUGAAUGUUGUACCUAUUGAUGCACAAGAUACUUUGCCCGUUAUUUUUGACAGGGGAUUGAUUGGAGUCUAUCAUGACUGGUGUGAGUCUUUUAAUACUUACCCUCGAACAUAUGAUAUACUGCAUUCCAGCUUUCUCUUCGGAAACCUUAAAGAGAGAUGUGACAUUAUAGAUGUAGCUGUGGAAAUGGAUCGCAUAUUGAGACCCGGUGGAUAUCUCUUGGUCCAGGACACCAUGGAAAUAAUCAAGGAGCUCAAUCCGGUGCUGCGUUCACUUCACUGGUCAACGAGCCUUUAUGAAGGCCAAUUUCUCGUUGGCAAGAAGGGUUCUUGGCGUCCAAGUGAUGACUAAACGAAAAAAGCAUGAACAGCUACCUAGGUCCAGUAGUGAUUUUGCACAGUUUGCUCAACUGCUCGAAAGGAAAAGCUACAGCAUACGGUCGUGCCUCGUCCACAUUUUUUUCCUUGAAUUAAAAUCCUGAAGCGCAUAGAUCCUGACAAUUUCUGUGAAGUCAAUGAAGUUUCCAAUGAAAGCUAUUACAUCUCUUUGAAUUAUCCAGUACGUACGUUUCUCUCUUUGCUUUGAUUAUUCGAUUCACUACAUCAGUAUUUGCCCAUCUUUCUCUAGAAGUUUAGAGAAGCUUAGUAUUAAUAGGAAUGUCGAUGAUAUUUUAUUAUGGGAUAUCCUGCAUUACUCAAACCGAGUAGAUAAAGAUUAAAGAACCCUAUAAUCGGGUUUGGACAAGAUUCGAGUAUUAAAAUUGUUACUCAUCAUGGGUUUGGAUAGUGAUUUUAAAAAACUCACUAACCGAAUUCAA